AUGUCCGAGCAGCCACCUACCUCAUUUGGGAAUCAUCCAAACUAUACCCAGCAAUGGCCUCCAGCACAUCCCGCCAUGCCUCCGCCAAACUUCCUCAUGCCACCUGAAUUCUCCACAAUUAAUUCUCACCCGAAUCCCGCUGCGCCAUUUGACUACAACAUGGCCAGCGUGAACGCGAAUUCGCGCAUCCCCGGUCCCGCAGAUGGCCUCAAUCCAGCGGGCUUCUUUCCACACCAGUUUCCUUUCUUCAAUCAGUUCGACCCUUCGCACUUCCCGCAUAAUCUGUCUCCCUUGCAAUUUGCGCAGAUGGGGUACCCCCCGAUUCCGAUGCCAACAGGGUCCUCCAACGUCCUCCUACCGCACCAACCAUCAUCCUAUCAGCCCUCUCAAGCAACCUUCAUCAAGCCAGCAAAAUCCAAAAAGAUUACCAUUCGAGCACCGUCCAGUCGGGAGGAAGGUGAGGUCAGCGAGUCGGUGGACGAAAGGUCACUCAAGUCCAAGCGUCAGCCUUCACGGCGGUACUCUGAUCUAGAAGAGGGUGAAACGAUGUCUUCUAGUGAACGAUCUUCCAGAAGAAGCAGCGGUUCACCCUACAAUCCUCCUUUGUCUGUCUCGGCAGAUCCCGGCAUCAUUGAACACGCGAUGGAGUCGAUCCAAUCUUUCCCAGACGCGGUCAACUCCGAUCUCAAGCCAACGAAAUCGGCUGCACAGCUACGUAUUCAAGCUCAGGGUGCUUUGCUCAGUCUGGCGCCUCAUAACAUUCGGUACAAGGAAUUGGUGGCAGAGGGCAUUAGUCCUUCUAUCUUGAAAAGACUGUAUGAAGAAGUUGGGAUCAAAGUCUCACUCGAUCCUGAUCCCACCCUCGGGAUCCAUCAGAAUCCUUCUUUCGCCACACAGCCGGCGAGCGCGACACAAUCGGGCAAGGAGACGCGUGACUCUGUCAAGCCAACAAUACCACCUCCUCGCACUGCUAUACCUACUGCGCCUAGGCUGAAGUCUGGGAAGCCUCUGGAGCGGAAAGAGCUCAUUGCUCAGAUGUUGGCCGAGAAGGCUGCCAAGACGGCUUCGAAGGAGCCUUCGCCGACUGGAAGUCCGCUCGCUGCACCAGUUGUCUCGGAAGAACCCCGCCCCCCUCCAAAAGAGAAAAGCAAGGCUCAGACAGACCUUGCCAGGCAGCGAAUCGAAGAACUCAAGCAGAAAGCAUUGCUUAAGGCCCAACAAAAGCUGCAGGAAAGUCAAACGCCCUUGGCUCAUGACUCCUCUGUGCAGGCUAUUCAUCACCCGCUUCCUGUUCGACCUCCUGUUCCUGAAUCUGGCGCCUCUGCUGGCCUUCCGGGACUUCUUAUGACCGGUUCAGGUGGCCCGCAAGAUGUCGCAUCUGACCACACAUCCGCCUCGCGAACGACUCAUCGCAAGCGUCCGCUGGCCUCUGAUUUCGAUGAGCCAUCUACACACCCGAAAAAGCAUUUUGAUCCGACGGCAAAUCGCUUCCGACCUACCGAGAAGCUCAUAAUUGCAAUCAGUGAUGACGAGUCCCUCUAUGGUGACGACGAGGACGAUAAGAUGGAACUGGACUCAAGCUCAGAACAAGAACCAGCCCCGAUUAUCAGUUCAGCGGUUUCCGAUAUUCCAUCCCAGACAAACAUCACAAGUAACCGGGCUUCGACCUCAACCCCGCAGGCUCAUCCUGGUUCCAACGACCAAGGGCAAAUCCAAUCGAAGGAUUUGCAAAUUCAGGAAAUGCGUCGCAAGAUUGCGGAGCUGGAGCUUCGUCGCAAAUCCAAACUGGCCGCUAGCCGCACCCAAUCACCCCGCACACUCGACGACUCCAGUGCCCCAUCAAGUGCACAAUCCAGUUCAGCUGAUGUGGGUCCUUCCGACACCGGUGUCUCGGCGGCUUCACGCGAUGAUCCUCUGCUCGAGGCUCGCAUCCCUGUGCCAGAGACUGUGCCCGCUAGUACGAAUGGAGAACCUGCUCGGGUGACUCCACCUGUUUCAUCUUCACCAGAUUCCGAUUCCGAUUCCGAUGGCUCGGCUAUGCAGGAGUCUGAUGACAGCAGCAGUGAAAGCUCUGAUUCUAGCGAAGACGAAGAUGAAACUUCCGCUUCUCCCGCGCAGGUCAAUGCUCAAGGGUCAGCGGAGCCUAUGGACGUUGACCCUUCCAAGCAAUCGUCGGCUGAGGACUCUGAGAAGAUGGAUGGUUCUGAUCAAAACGAUACAUCCCAUCGCGAAUCUUCCGUUGAGUCUGAGGCUUAUGAGCCACCGGAGCCUGAUACUGAGGCCCAGUCCGAAGGCUCCAGCUACAGCCCUCCUCCCUUCAGCCCAGCUCCAGAUCCCGUAGACAUCACCACGGCUUUGGCGCCUUCCUUCGACGCCGCCCAGCCCAAUGCAGAACUAACAAACGCCCCUCAGGUGCCAGGUGCCUCAUCACACACAGAUCUGCAGAGCGGCACUAUUGGCACCGAACAACCUCCUUCAAACCCAUUAGACACAAACUCGACACACAAAUUUACGCCCUACACUAGUCCACUGCGAUCUUUCAAGGCCUACCGAUAUCACCCCCAUUAUGCUGAAGAUAUCCCGAGCGGCUACCGCUCAUUAACUUACAGUCAUAAUAUCGACUCGAUGAAAUCCUUCUGUCCGUAUGAAGUUGCUGGGGGUACUUGCAACGAUCGGUCUUGUCCGUUCCAGCAUCUUCGGGACAUCUCAUUAAGCGAUGACAAGAUCCUCAUCCAAAUGGGUUCCACCCGAGAAGGACAAACUGAAGAAGAAAAGGAAACGUAUCUCGCUGGUCUGAAAGAGAUCAUCAACGACCUUCGGCGUGACAAGGUGAAAGAUUUCAACACUGUGGCCACAGAGAUAGCCGCAUACCGUAGGCGCUUCCUACAAGACCCGUCGCGUGUCUUGUCCCUGUAA